AUGGAAGUCUCAAUCACCACGACGUGGGUUGAGCCACCGCGACCGGGGUGGGGCUCAGUGAAGAAGGCAUUAAUGAGCUCGGUACGGUGGAGCGAGCCGAGCAAGUGGGAAGUGCACUUUAGUGGGAAUGGUAAAGAAGGGCCUACACCUUUGCUUGUGAGAGGAAAUUGUGCAGGAGAUUUUGGUUGGCAAAGUCAUAGUUCAACUUCACCUGUGUGGCAAAUGCCAAUACUCAUAGGUGAAAAGCGUAAGCUUCCAAGAUUUAGUGGCCUUGUACUGUAUGAUAAAAGAGAGAGGGCACUUGAUCACUGUGAAGAAGGAAGCAUUGAUAAUCAGAUCGCGAGCAGCUCCGUAAAGUUCAAAUCGCAGCAGACGACUCACAGCAGUGGAUCACUGGGCUACUGUUCCGCUCGCCUUGCCGCCGCUGAAUGA